UACUCAGCCUUAAUUAUGGACAAGUCUGAACUGGUACAGAAGGCCAAACUUGCUGAACAAGCCGGUUAUGAUGACAUGGCUGUGACAGAGCAAGGUGGGGAGCUGUCCAAUGAAGAAAGGAACUUGCUCUCUGUUGCCUACAAAAACGUUGUCGGUGCUCGUCGUUCUUCCUGGCGCGUGAUAUCCAGCAUUGAACAAAAAACUGAGGGCAAUGACAAGAAGCAACAGAUGGCGAGAAAGUAUUGUGAAAAAAUCGAGGUUGAAUUGCAGGAUAUCUGUAAGGAUGUUCUGGACAAGUUUCUGAUUGCACAUGCCACACCACCAGAAAGCAAGGUUUUCUAUCUGAAAAUGAAAGGUGAUUAUUACCGGUACCUUUCUGAGGUAGCAUCUGGAGACAACAAACAAGGUACUGUAACAAGUUCUCAGCAAGCCUAUCAGGAAGCUUUCGAAAUUAGUAAGAGUGAGAUGCAGCCAACACACCCCAUUAGGCUUGGUUUGGCUCUAAACUUCUCUGUGUUUAACUACGAAAUUCUCAAUUCACCUGAGAAAGCAUGCAGCCUAGCAAAAGCGGCAUUUGAUGAGGCAAUAGCUGAACUGGAUACAUUGAAUGAAGAGUCCUACAAAGACAGCACUCUUAUCAUGCAGCUACUAAGGGACAAUCUGACACUAUGGACCUCAGAAAACCAGGGAGAAGAACCUGAUAAUGUAGAGGGAGACAACUAACUGCCAUGCUUUAAUAUAUUUUUUUUUUUCACCGUCACUCUGUAUUGUAUACACAUAUAUCCCUUUUUGUGCGAUAAAAGAAUAGUACAUCAACUUUCACAACCUCAGUGUAGCAGAACAAUAUGUGGAUUAAGAUAAAAUGGCUGUUUACUCUAAACAGGAGUAAUAUAUUAAGUA